AUGGCGUCAACCGGUGUCCCGUCUCCGGCGACAAAGUACUUCUGGGGAGACUCCCCGGAGCCCGACGAGUACUACGCCUCGCUGGGGCUGCGCCACAGCGAGUCCUACUACCAGUCACCCUGCGGCCGCCUCUUCACCCAAUCCUUCCACCCGCUCUCGGCCGCGCACGACGGCGAUGUGAAGGGUGUUGUGUUCAUGACGCACGGAUACGGCACCGACUCCUCCUGGCUCUUCCAGUACAUCGCCAUCAGCUAUGCGCAGUGGGGGUACGCCGUGUUCUGCGCCGAUGUCCUCGGCCACGGCCGCUCCGACGGCAUCCACGGCUACGUCGGCGACAUGGAGUCCGUCGCAAGGGCGUCGCUCUCCUUCUUCCUAUCUGUACGGAAGACCACCGCCUACGCUCCGCUCCCCGCGUUCCUCCUAGGCGAGUCCAUGGGCGGCGCCGCCACGCUGCUCAUGUACCUCCGCUCCCCGCCGGAUGCCGGGUGGACGGGGCUCAUCUUCUUGGCGCCGCUGUUCGUCAUCCCGGAGGAGAUGUACCCGUCCCGCGUGCGACUGUUUCUCUACGGCCUCCUCCUUGGGUUCGCCGACACGUGGGCCGUGCUGCCGGACAACAAUAUUGGAGGCAAGGCGAUCCGGGACCCGGAGAAGCUGAAGGUGGCCGGCUCGAACCCGAGGCGAUAUUGCGGCGCUCCGAGGGUGGGCACGAUGCGGGAGCUGGCCCGCCUCACGGAACUGCUCCAAGAGAGCUUCGGGGAGGUGACGGCGCCGUUCCUGGCAGUGCACGGAACCGGCGACGUGGUCACCGCGCCGGAGGGGUCCAAGAUGCUGUACGAGCGCGCGCCAAGCGAGGACAAGUCGCUCAUCCUGUACGACGGAAUGUGCCACGAGCUCAUCACGGGGGAGACGGACGAGAACAGAGACCGCGUGCUCGCCGACUUGCGCGCAUGGAUCGACGAGCGCAUCUGCCGCUACGGCAACGCCGCCGUCAGCACGCCGGCCUAG